GAAGAAUUCAUACAAAGAGAGGGAGAGCUCUUAUACCCUCAAUAAAAUCCUGGGUAAGAGCUAUAAAAUUCAUUAAAAUUGUAACAUAUCUCAAACUCUCUUUGGUUAAAAGCAAAAAUAAUAAAUUAAAAAAGGUUAAUUGUUGCAAAAAAAUAGCCAUGACAAUUAUUAAUGGAUCAUCUUUAGCCCUCAUUCUUGUUUUGUCAACUUUGGUUACCUGCAAAUGCAAUGCAGCUGGUGUUCCUUUAGCUGAUCAAACCAUUUUUAAUGUCAUGGAUUUUGAUGCCAAACCUAACUCAGAACUUAUAAGCACACAGGCAUUUAUGAAGGCGUGGCGAGCUGCUUGUGAUUUCACUGGUCAUGCAAGAGUUUUUGUCCCUCCAGGGGUAUAUACACUAGGAGAGACCAUAUUUGCAGGACCCUGCAAAGGGACACAUUCUAUAAUACUUGAAAUUGCAGGAACUUUAAAGGCAGUGCCUGAUGUUUCUGAAUAUUCAAACUUUGCUUGGAUUUCGUUCGAGUCUAUUAAUGGCGUUAUCAUUACUGGUGGAGGCACUCUAGAUGCUCAGGGACAAUCUGUUUGGCAGUUUAACGACUGUAAAACGAAUCCUAAUUGUGUCCAUCUCCCUGCCACCUUGCAUUUCAAUAAUAUUCGUAAUGGAAAAAUAAUGAGGUUGAAGUUGAUAAAUAGCAUGGGAUUUCAUUUACAUAUUACUAGUAGCUAUUUGGUAAGGUUCCAUGGACUUACAAUCGAUGCCCCUGAAGAUAGCCCGAAUACUGAUGGAAUACAUAUAAGCAAGUCCAACACCAUAAAACUUUCCCGGAGUGUCAUUAGGACUGGCGAUGAUUGUGUUUCAUUCGGACAAGGAACAAACAAUGUCACCGUUAACAAAGUCACUUGUGGCCCUGGUCAUGGCAUUAGUGUCGGUAGUCUUGGUAAGUUGGCUGGCGAAUUGGAAGUUAGAGGACUUAUUGUGAAGAAUUGCACGUUGAGAGGCACGACAAAUGGUAUCCGAAUCAAAACUUAUUCAGGGGAAAAUGCAAACAGAGCAUUAGGGAUGAUGUUCAGCGACAUUGUUAUGGAAAACGUUAAAAAUCCAAUCAUCAUAGACCAGAGCUAUGGUGACAAAUCAACCGAUUCGUUAUCACAAGUGAAAAUAAGUGAUGUGGUUUACCAGAACAUAAGGGGAACAACAAGCAGUGAGAUACCGGUUCAACUGUUGUGCAGUUCAAAACUCCCUUGUGAAAAUGUUCGACUCACAAACAUAAAUUUGAAGCAUAUAGAGAAUACGCCAAUUACUUCUCAAUGUCAAAAUGUAAAUGUUGGCUAUACUGGCGUUCAAAUUCCGUCACCUUGUCAGGGACCUUCGUCAUAGUACCCUGUGAUCAAUUUGGAGUCAAAAUGCAAAUGUUGGCUAUACAAUGGAGAGAAAUGCAGAAAGCCAAUCUGAUCAACGUCGAUGUCCAAGAGUAACAAGAACUGAUCGAAAAUAUGGUGUCGUAGACAAAAAGAUAAUACCUCCCACCAUCAACACGUACAAUUUAGUGGUACGGGUACAAGUCUUAGGACAAAAUAGGUAUGGAUGUAAUUCUCAUUGUUCUAAUUCCCUCUUCCGCUUGUAAUAGAAUUAAACGAAAAAACAAAAAAAAAUGUUUGCCCUCACAUCUUUUAUAUAUUCACCUUUCCACUAUGCACAACUCCACCCCAAAUUCCCAAAAAAUAUACAAAAAAAUUACUAGAUUUGUAGUAUUUAGUUAUAGUAGUUAGAAGAAGCCAUCCCUUGGGGAUAUGUAUAACAGGAUUAUAAAAGCAACCCUAAGAUCUUUUUAUAA